AUGGCGUUCACGUCAAAAUAUGGAAGCCUACUCAUCCUGCUCUCACUUAUGCCUACCUGGGCUGGGGCGCUUGUCACGGCACAGAACGUGACGGACAAGCACACUCUGGCCAUCAGCCUGAAUAUCGCCACUACCGAGCUUGAUAGGCUGGACAUCCUGUAUUCAGAUACAGACUGGAUGUUCGACUUCUUCGCGCAACCAACAUACACGUAUUCUCCCGGCGCUGUCAUCAACGCCAACGCGGCCACCUUUCCCACGACGGUGGGCAACGGUCUGACACUCGCGUGGGUCACCCUUGGCCCCUGUGGCAUGCAGGCACCUCACUACCAUCCAAGAGCCUCCAACUACAUCGUCGCGAUAGAUGGGUCCGUGGAGACCUACAUGAUUGCCGAGAACGGCGCACGGAUGGUGACCAACCUGCUGGGCCCGGGAAAGAUGACCCUAUUCCCAAGAGGAAGCCUGCACUCGAUGCAGAACAAAGGCUGUGGCAACGCGACACUUGUUUCGGCUUUGAGCACAGAGGAUCCAGGGACGCACACUGUAGCAAACGGUCUGUUCAACCUUCCACGAGACAUGGUCGCUGCGGCUUUUGGUGGGAACAAGAACCUCGACAUCGAUGACCUCAUGAAGGCGAUCCCGCCGGUGGGAACGGGUGUGACGAUGGGAUCGGCGGAUUGUCUGGCAAAAUGCUCGAUGCAGUAG